AUGUCUUUUUUGACCAAGAACAUUUGGCCCAAAGAUGGGAGGAACCGCUCUCAUGUUCCGGCCAUGCCGGUUUGGAUCGCAGGCGUCAGGAUUGCACAGCUUGUCCUCGCCAUUGCGACGUUGGGAAUAACAGUCUUUGGGCUCACCACUAUGCAGAAAGCCACGGGCUAUCGCAGGAUAACGUCCUUUAGCGGUACAGAGGGUUUCCCAUUUUCAUGGUUUGCUUUCGCCUGGACCUUCUCCUAUUUGACAUGGCUCGGCGUAGCCGUCAUGUUUAUUCCCGUCAUGUACAAUUGCUGGGUGCAUCUCGGCCUCGAGCUACUCACUGUCGUCUUCUGGUUGAUUACUAUGGCCCUGCUUGCCAGUCACGCAGAUGAUCUUGAUUCCCUCGAUGCCUUCAUCGUAACGUUCGGUCCCAAGUACGAAGUGUAUUAUAAGAUGAACGUUGAGCCGUUUGCCGAUGGCUUCGUCGCUGCUACGUUUGCCGGCACCGCUACUUCCGUCGUCAACCUUGUUCUCUUCGUAAUCACCAUCAGUGUCUUUGGCCGCGCUCUUCAUGCGUUACGCAAAGCAAAGUUGGAAAAGGCACCUAGCACCACCGACUCGCAAAAGACUAUCCAGGCCGAAGGGGAUAAGAUGGUCGCUUCUCCGCAAAUGACUUCCGCCGUCCCGACGUACAUUCAUUGGAACAACCAGUACCCGCCUCCUCAACAUCCCCACGCAUACGCCUACUACGGCCAGCCGUACGCACAAUCACCGCACUCGCAAACGAACCCAUCUCCGCCGAACUCUGUGCCACCCCAUAACUUCCAACCGGCGUACUUUCCCGGCAGCAAUUGGCCUCCGCAGCCACCUCAGCAACAGCCGCCCCCCGAAGGCGGUGUCUGGCCGGCCCAGAACUACGGCAUGUACCAGCAGCAGGUGCCCAUCGGGCCUCAGCACACGGGUCAGUCUGGCAGCAUGAUGGGGUCCCCUCAAUUCCCCAUGGUCCAACCAAUGCAGCCCAGCAAGGCGGAUCUACCAGGUGUUUACCCAACACCACCACCGGGAAGCGCAACUGUAGGACCCGGAUACCCGCCUCAGCAACCACCGCCUCUGCCAGCACCAGUGCCCGGCACCAUACACUCGCCUGUAGAGUUGAACGACGGACGUGGGGACGAAAAUAUGCCGGCAGAACUACCAAGCAACCCUCCAAGGUCACCCAGAUGA